AUGACUUUCACUGAACCUGUGGUUGACGCACCUUCUAAUGUGGCAGCUGAGGCUAUGCCCGUGGAGAAGGACCUUGAAUUGCAACGACAAGAGGUUCACCCUAGCCUAAACAUUCAACAUGGCCUUGAAUUAUGGGAACGGGUCCGUGAAUAUGAUGCUAGAGCUGCAGCUGAAGCUAGUGCCACUAAAGAAGAAUUAUUGCCGGUUCUCACACGCAAUCAGAAGCAAAAGCUUAAGGUUCAACACGUUCUUGCAACACAGCCUCAUAAGCCUCGGCCGCGGGCUUUGGAGAUUUCUUGCUUUAAUUCAACUGUUUAUUUGGCUGCUAUUUAUGCAUAUAAUUACUAUGUUAAACGGCGUGAACUUUGGGAUGAUCUUACUAACCUUCAAGGAUGCUUCCAAGGUUCGUGGCUUUUUGUGGGGGAUUUUAAUUGUAUUUUAGGUGCUCAUGAAAAACGGGGCAGGCGACCUCCGCCACCUUUGUCUUGUGAAGAUUUUUUAAACUGGACGAAUGCAAAUGUUUUACAUCAUCUCCCUACUUUGGGCUCUUUUUUCACUUGGUCUAAUGGUCGUUUCGGCAUGGAAAAUGUGGCCCUUCGCCUAGAUAGGGCAGUUUGUAAUGAGGCUUGGGUGAAUUUUUGGCACCAAUCUACUUGCUUUGCUUUAGUUCGACAUCAGUCUGAUCACCAUCCUCUUUUGCUCUCCCUUGUUUUCUCCUCUGUUCAACACGCCAACCCUUUCAAAUUCUUUAAGGGUUGGACAUCACAUGUGGACUGUCGAAAUUUGGUGACUGAAGUUUGGUCUAAGGAGGUUAGAGGUAGGGGUAUGUUGCGGUUACAGGCUAAGCUCCGAAAUGUUAAAAAUUCUUUUAAGGCUUGGAAUCGCAAUGUUUUUGGUGAUGUAGAUAGACAAGUGAGACUAGCGGUGGAUGAAGUGAAUCGUAUUCAACUUUUAAUUGACACUGAAGGCUUUUCUGAUACUCUUUAUUUGCAGGAUUUAGAAGCACAAAUGCUCUUAACAAAUGCCUUAAAUGUACAGGAACAAUUUUGGAAGGAGAAGGCGCGCAACCAACAUUUUAUUCAUGGUGACCGUAACACUGCUUACUUUCACCGAGUAUCUAAAAUCCGGGCAGCCACCAACUCUAUUUCUUUGUUGCAAGAUGGUGAUAAUAUUCUCUCAGAGCCUUCGGAUAUAGAGUUGCAUAUUCUAUCUUACUUUCAGGGUAUUUUCAGCAUGGAUAAUAACUGUGGUCAGAAUACUUUAGUGGAUGAGAUCAUUCCAGCGCUAGUUACGAAGGAGGACAAUCAAAUGCUUAUGCAUUUUCCUUUGUCGUAUGAAAUCAAGGCAGCGGUUUUUGCUCUAAAUGCGGAUGGGGCACCAGGACCAGAUGGGUUUGGAGGUCAUUUUUACCAAACCUUUUGGGAUGUUGUGGGGAGUGAUGUGGUUCAAUCCGUUCAAGCAUUUUUCCUUCAUGGUUUGGUUCCUCCUAAUAUUAAUUCCAGCAUGAUUGUCUUGAUUCCAAAGAUUCAAGGCGCGCGGGCUAUGGGUGACUACCGUCCUAUUGCUCUUGCGAAUUUUCAGUUCAAAAUAAUAACUAAAAUUUUAGCUGAUAGGCUUGCUUGCAUAACGUCGCGCAUCAUAUCUGUUGAGCAGCGAGGUUUUGUUCGAGACCGUAAUAUUUCUGACUGUGUCAUUAUAGCAUCUGAGGCUAUCAACUCUCUUGAUAAACGCCAGUAUGGUGGUAAUAUAGCUAUUAAGGUUGACAUCUCCAUAGCUUUCGACAUUCUAGAUUGGAAUUUCCUGAUUGAUGUGCUUAACAACUUCGGUUUCUCUACUACUUUCCUCAACUGGAUACUUGCUAUUCUUCACUCUGCUCGUUUAUCUAUUUUAAUUAAUGGUAAUGCGGUUGGAUUUUUCUCUUGCACCCUUGGGGUUCGGCAGGGAGAUCCUCUUUCCCCUCUUUUAUUUUGUCUUGUAGAGGAGGUUCUUAGUAGAGCUAUUUCUAUCUCUUCUACCAGGGGGCGCCUUACUAAUAUCUCUUAUUGUCGGGGAUCUUUUAUUCCGACUCAUGUGCUGUAUGCGGACGAUAUUAUGAUUUUUUGCACAGGGCUGAAGAGUAAUAUUAGAGAGCUUCUCCGUAUUUUUCAGAGAUACUCAAAGGUGUCUGGUCAGGUUAUAAACAACGCAAAAAACAGGUUCUAUACAGGAGCUAUGUCGGGCACUCGGACACACAUGAUUGCUUCUUUGCUGGGUUUCUCGGUGGGAACUGUUCCUUUUCAGUAUCUUGGUUGCACUAUUUUCCAAGGCAAACCAAAAGCAAUUCACUUCCGUGGGAUUAUCGAUAAAAUAAAAAAUAAAUUGGCAACUUGGAAAGGUCGUAUUUUGUCAAUUAUGGGACGGGUGCAGCUAGUUAAAUCAAUAAUUCAUGGCAUGCUUGUGUACUCUUUUCAUGUGUAUCUCUGGCCUAGAAGGUUAUUGCGGCUUUUGGACUCGUGGUUAAAAAAUUUCAUUUGGAGUGGUGAUGUUCAUACCAGGAAAGUUUGCACGGUGGCUUGGAAAGUUUUGUGUCGACCUUGGAAUGAAGGUAGGCUGGAUAUCAAGCCUACGCGUUUGAUUAAUGAAGCGCUAAUUCUUAAAUUGUCUUGGGAUUUACUUGCUACGGAUUCUCAAUGGUCUAACCUCUUAAAAUGGCGGUACUUCUCCAAUGGUACGCCCUCCUCACGUUACUUUAAAUCCUCGGUUUGGUCAGGUAUUAAAGAGUUUAUAGGGACGGUCUUGGUGAACUCUUUAUGGAUAGUGGGCAACGGUGAUAGCAUCAAUUUUUGGACGGAUAAUUGGUUAGGUGCUCCGUUGGUGGAGUUGUUGAAUUUAGACAAGGAAUUUCACGGUCAUCUCAUAGGUAAACAUUCCGAAGCUAUUAUUAAUGGUGCCUUGUUAUUGCCUACGACUAUAGCAGCUUCUGGUGACAUUCAGGCCCGAAUGGAUAGCAUCGUUUUACCCUCCAGUCCGCUGCCGGAUUUGUUUGUUUGGCAGCAUUCUUCUGAUGGCUCCCUUUCUUCCAAGCACGCCUUCGCUUUUUUGUGCCCGCGUGCCACUUUGGUGCCUUGGGCGGAAGUCAUUUGGAGUGCUGCCAUUCCGCCCUCUGUUUCUUUUCUUUAUUGGCGGAUUCAUCAUGGGAAAAUGCCCACUGACGACAACAUUCGAACCCGUGGAUGCAUUGUGGUGUCGGUUUGUAGUUUGUGCUUGCAAGAUUAUGAAACAAUUGAGCAUCUUUUCCUUUCUUGCGCCUUUGCUUCCUGUCUUUGGGAUUGGAUUGGCUCUAGGCUGAAUCAUUUUGUUGACGCAUCCUCCUUUGAUUCCCUGAUGUCUUGUCGUCCAGCGAGUUGCUCCUCCCAAGUGGCCGACAUUUUUUUAGCAGCAAUCUUGCAUACUCUUCAUUCUAUUUGGUGGGCUCGCAAUGCUAUCCAUUUCUCUGCGUUCCAGCCCUUAUUACACUCAGCUAAGGUACGUAUCCACUCUUCUAUUGCUUUGUCUGGGUCGACCUCUAAAGGUAAAUGCAUGACUUCGGAUUACUCGUUUCUGGAUUCGUUCAUGGUGCCACAUCAUAACCGUCGUACCAAGGAUAUGCUAUUGGUUUUGUGGAAGGCGCCGUCCUCCCCUUGGUUAAAGGUUAACACGGAUGGCUCAGUGUUAGGAGGGCACGCUGCUUGUGGGGGUAUUUUUCGUGAUUAUCUGGGUACUUUUAGAGGAGCUUUUUGUUGUAAUAUUGGUAUUCAGUCAGUUUUUUAUUCGGAGGUGCUGGGUUUUAUUAUCGCUAUUGAGUUUGCAGCUUGUAAAGGGUGGCGGCACAUGUAA